UGCUCAUCAAGGAUAAUGAACUUUUAAAUGUUACUCAAGAACAAAACAAUAAUGGUCGUAAUGUGAUAUCAACAUUAAAAUUGAGCUAUAACUAUUUGCCACCAAAUUUGAAGCAAUGUUUUGCCUACACAUCCUUGUUUCCCAAAGGAUAUAAAAUUAAUUCGAAUGAAUUGAUUAGACAAUGGAUGGCUCAAGGUUUUAUCAAAUCAUCAAAUGGAGGAAAAUCCAUGGAGGAUAUUGGGAAGGACUAUAUAAAUGAAUUACGUUGGAGGUUUUUCUAUGAAAGUUCUAUUCAUGAUGAGAAUGGUACAUCGGAUGAUAUUGUUUCUAUGCAUGAUGUGAUGCGUGAUCUUGCAAGGGAGGUAGCUGGAAAGAAAUUAUUAUAUGUGUAUGGAGAUGAUGAUGAUGAAUAUGUUGUGAGUAAACACACUCGCCAUAUUUCAUUUAACUAUGAAGUAUGCGUAGACGAGGAGAAUGUUCUAUCUAAAUUACGUGAAGCCAAAGGAUUAAGAACGUUCCUUCUAUUAUUCUAUCCAUAUGGUCCGGUGCCUCUAGCAGAAAAAAGUUUUUUGGACAAACUAUUUUUGAUGUUGCCACGUCUGCGAGUAUUACAAAUCCGUAAUGUGUCAAAGUCUAUAAAAAGGCUUAAACAUCUUCGAUAUCUAAAUUUCACUGUUAGCUCGCAUGUGGAAUCAAUUCCAAACUCCAUCACGGAAUUGCAAAAUUUGCAAACACUAAAUCUAGCCGGUUGUUAUCGUCUGAAGAAGUUUCCAAGGGAUCUUAGCAAUCUUGUAAAUCUCAGACAUCUUCUUUUUAAUCCAAUAAAAUUAAUCUAUACGCCAAGAGGGAUAGAGAAUUUGAGUUAUCUACAAACAUUAAGUUCAUUUGUGUUGGACUGUAAAAAUUUAAAUAAGCUAAGGGAAUUCAAUAAGCUGAAUUAUUAUAUGGAAGAUGGGUUAAGAAUCAUAGGUCUAGAGAUGUUGAGGUCCACUCCAUUUGAAGUCAACUCAGUAAACCUUAAAGACAGAAGAGAUUACCGGCGUUUGAAACUAGAAUGGAAAUUGGGGAAUGAUGAAUGUGAAGCAGUUGAGAGUGAUGAAACAAUAUUGGAAGGCUUAGAACCACAUCCAAAUGUUGAAGUCUUGAGUAUUAAAGGGUAUUGUGGAGUAGAAUUACCCAAUUGGGUGUCCACCUCGUUGUAUUUAACUAUGAUUGAUAUUAAAAAUUGUCCUAGAUUGCAACAUGUAAAUCAGUUCGGCUACCUUCGGGCUCUCAAAAUUCUAUCUUUAAUCAACUUGGGAUCUCUCAUAAGUUUGUCCGAAUGGAUUGGCAGCACCACUUCUCUUAUAGCUCUGAAAAUUGUGAAAUGUCCAGAAUUAAAAUCACUGUCCAUGAAAAUGCGACAACUCGAAUCUUUGGAAUCUCUUCGCAUAUGGGACUGCCCUCAACUUAAGGAGAGAUGCAAGAAGGGGGGAGAGGAUUGGCCUAACAUUUCCCAUGUUACUUUCUUUUCUUAUAAGGAACGACCUUAUUUGUCAGAUGAUUCAGAUGAUUCAGAUGAUGAGAGUGAAGAAAAGUGGAAAAUGAGAGCUUGCAUAACUAACAUAGGUUCCUUCUUUUGUGGGUAAGUUUCUUAAAGUGAACUUCAUGUUGGAAAGGAAAUGAAUAACAGAAUGUUCUACGCUCAUCGUGUUUUUCUCUUCUCUCCUUUAGCCUUGCUUCUCAUCGUUCCUUUUUUUGCAUUUCUUAUUGUUUUUAAACACUAAUUACUUUAUUCUACUUGUUUAAUUGCUAUUUCUUGCUUAUUCUAUCUGAAAAUUGUGUGUAUACAAUACAUAAUUUGCAUAUAUAUAUAUCAAAUUUUCAUCAUAGUCAA